AAAUACACCAACUCCGCUUCAUUUGUGUUUUUUUCUAAUUUCUCUGUCAUUAAUGUGAAUUUUGUGCAUAUUUUCUAUGCAACUGUUAUUUUGACUUAUAUUGUGCUCGAUUAUGUACAAAUAUAUGGUGAACAAGAUUCCGAGUGCCUGUAUUAACUAAAAUCAAUAACAAUCAGUGCCUAACAAAGUGACAAAGAUGAAUUAUGAAGCUGAAAGAGCGAUGAAUCAGAAACGGCUCAGAAUGGAGGGUGAGCCAGGCCACGGUGUUGUCCAAGGAAACGGGCUCCCGCUAAAUUAUCUAGAUAAUGGCCAUCAAAUACCUUACCAGCCGUACGCCGGUGCAUAUAAUACCCACUAUCCGCCACCGGAUGCAUUUGCAGCUUAUGGACCUCCGCCCCCAGGGGGAUAUGCUCCUCAAAAUUUAUCAUAUGCCCCACCAGCACAUCAGAACUAUGCACAUCAUCAAAGUUUUCCCCAGCAGCAAGCACAACUUCACAUGGCACAGUCGCACAUGGGUAUGUUGUUUAAACCCGCAGUGCAAGGCUAUGCCCCGGAUGUGGGCAUCCACAAAUCUGCCUGGCCCCCACAGCCACACUUGUUACCUCCCCUUGAUGCCCAGAAACCCCUUGAUAUUAAACAAUUGAAACCAGAAAUUAAGUUAGAGCCAUCUGACUCUCAGAAAAGACCACAUCCCGAGGCAGAGAUGAUUCAACCGGGUGACUUAGAGCAACCAAAAAUAAAGAUAAAAACAGAUAUCUUUAAACCAGAUGAUAUGCGAGUUGACGACAAAUCAAGAGAAGCCUCCAUGAAGCCCCUGGAAGUCUCCAAACCAGAUCAACAGGUCAAAGAUGACGGCCUACCACGAGUAGAAUGUGAAAAGCCACCAGAAGUUGGUGUCAUAUCAGGAGAGGUGAGGCCAAUUGAUCCUGCAACUCCUAUCAAGAAAUUGGAUGAAGAAAGAAAACCGUUUAGUAGUCCAGAUUUGUCCCGGGGGGGUGCUACUCCUGGAAAAAUAACACCUGGAUUAGAGCCAAAGAAACGCGGUCGUCCCAAAGGCUCGACGAACAAACCGAAGCCCCCCGGGACGCCCACUAAAGGAUCCCCCGGGGCUGCGACCGCUCUCCCCGCUGUUAGGCCUCCAGGUAUCCCCGGGGCGAGGACGCCCGCGCCCGUGGGUAGGCCUCGGGCUGUCCCCUACCAGUACAAUGUCAGACCGUUUAGGAAGGACUUCUCGGGGAUACAGUUCAGAAGGCGAUGGAGUGACGAUUGCCUGGACUCCUCCCACAUUCCGAACGAGGUGUACUUCGGUGAUGUGCCAGUGCCCCUGUCGGUCCUGUACAAUUACUACGACGCGAAUGCCGAAAGGGAGAGGCUGGCCAGCCAAGCGGCCCACAUCGCCGCCCAGAAGGCAGCCGCUGCUAAGUUGGCUGCUGCCAAGUUACGCGGGGUCGUCACUGGUGAGGUGACGACAGUGGAUUCAUCGUCUGAUGAUGAGUCGUCAGGGUCAUCAGGAAGUGGCUCCGAGGAAAGUGAUGAGGAUCAACCCCUAAAGCGCGGACCUGGCCGACCGAAGGGUUCCCGGAAUUCAACGCCCAAGACUCCCGGUACCCCAGCAGUCCCUGGAACCCCAGGCUCGGGACGCCGUGGGAGGCCCCCGGUGCCUCCAGAAUUAAGGCAGCCUGGCAUCACGGAUAUGAAGAAGUUCUGUAAGGCUGCGGGAAUUCGGUUCGACUAUAAGAAGUUGGUUGAGGGUUGUACAAAGAACAAGGAGCGAGUAGCGAAAAUGCAGGAUUUACUGGAAGCGGCCGGUCUGGAGGGUAAGCCCACUCUGGAGAAGUGUAGGGCGAUAAAACAAACGAAAAUGGACAAGAAGGAACAAGAGAAGCAGGCCAAGAAGGAUGCGAAAGCCAAGAAGUCAGAAGAGGAUGGCACGGAGGCAGUGGCCAGACGAAUGACACGCGGCGCGACGGGUGUGAAGCCCCGUCAGCGCAUUGUCAUAUCGUCGGAUGAGGAGGACGGCACUCCCGCAGCGAGAAGAACGGUCUCGAAGCUGCGGUCCAGCAUCAAUGACGAGUCUGACUCGCAGUAAUCCACGAUGCCAGUGGUAGGACAGACAAUAUCGGUACAGUGAGUGGUGGGACCUUCUAGAAAGUGCUUCGACAAAGGUCCGGGUUCAAGCGGGGUGGCUUUGAUUUCUGCUGGCGUAGAAAUCUAGAACUAAUGGGUGUUCCGAUGAAACCAAUGCAUGUAAAAAUGAAUUUAUUAAUUAAUAAUAUAAUGUUAAAAAAAUCGGUUCACAGACUACAUAUAACCAUAGACUAUGGUCUAGAACGUCAAUCAAACUGACAUCUGUCAAACCAUUUUUUCGGUAACCUUCAUAGUUUAACAAGACAGCGCUCAAGACUAUAUUGUGAUUUUAGAUACUUAUUAGAAUAUUGUUGUUAACAAACAGACUUUGUCUAUGAUCGCAUUUAACAUUCGCUCGAACGGUGAAGGAAAACAUCGUGAGGAAACCGGCUUGCCUUAGACCCAAGAAGUCGACGACAUGUGUGAGGAUGAUGAGGAAAGCAGGUGUGCCUAUUAGAUUGACAAAUGAUAAUGAAACAGAUAUAAAAAUUUGAGGCCCAGACCUAAAGAGCGCCACUGAUUUAUUUUACUAUUUCCACAAAAAAAUAUAUAUAUAUUUUAUUAUAUUACGUAAUUCCUUUAUAGCUAAACUCUUUCUGUUAAAUUAAACGAAUUCAGGAUUUUAUAAAUAAGUCUAUCAAUUAUUACAUUUAUGGUUUAGUAAAAUUUCCAUUCGGAACUAAGUACUUCAUUGUUGUUUGCACGAACUAUUUAGUAAUGUGUGCGACAGAGAUCACGCUCUACGAUUCCGAGAUUUUCCGAUUGUCUCUCUCUAAUGGUCGAUGUUGUGGUUUUGGUUUCAUGGAACACCUAGUUAACGAUAAAUAUCAAGUCACUUCAGCUUUCUUGGAUCAAAUUGGUCCCAAAAUUUCCUACUAAUUUUAGGUCAAAAUUAAAAAAAAUUAUAAGCGUGUGUAACAGGGGUGAUAACGUUUGGUCCAGUUGUGUUACGAAUUUAUACUUAAGGCUUGCACUGUGAUUUUUGUUACCGUAAAUUAUUUAUUGAAUUGCGACAAAAUCAAAACUCAACCUUUACUUGUAUUUCAGAAGCUAGUCACUAUUUGAGCUGCCAAAUUAUGAACCAAACGUUUAUCACCCCUGAUGGUAGGUGAGGGAUGAUAAUGUCUGCAAUUAUUCUAUUUUCUACAUAUUUAUUUUUAAUGUAUUUUGAAGGUGAAGAAAAUCCUAAUUUAAACCAUAAAUAAUAAACGUAUUACAUUGGUUUUAAUACUUCUUUACUGAUUUUAUUAAAAAAACAAUUUCUUAAAAACCAUGUUCUUUAGUAGCCAAUAUAUUAUAUAGAAAAUAUAUAAAUAUAUGUUUGCUUAAGUUUUUCUUCACCUUUUUAAGCUUAACUUCGCUUUUGUUUGAGAUUUAAAUUGUAGUUGUGGUUUAAAAAAUGUGGGUAGUUUACAAAGCGUUAAAAACGAGUACCCUCAAUACAGGAGAUAAUAAUUUUGAACUUGCAAUAAAAUCAAGAAUUUUUUCAUUGAGGAAAUCAUUUGAAUCGUAGUUAAAACUAUUUCCUCAGUUUUCUUAUGUUUAAGUAAAAUUUGUCACACAAUACUUGGGGUACUUGGGAUACUUUCAGCAGGCUUACCACACUUUAAAAUCGUUUCGAUAUCGUACCACCGAAUUUCAACCUUUAAAUUUAUAACGCAUAAAACAAAAGUGGCAUUUUUAGGCAGUUUCAUGUUGGUGAUUGAAAAUCGGUUUUAAAGAAUAGCCCUGCUAUGCCUGUGCGCUCGACUUCGAAGUAGACAAUACUUGGAGAGACAUAAUAUAGAGGAUAAUUUAUUUUAUAUUGGCUAAAGUAGGAAUGUAAACCCUCGCUAAUUAGGUAGAUGGCUUGGCACCCAGAAAUGUUCGUCUGUGCCUAAACAAUAAUUAUUGUAUGUGUGUUUUUCAUUUAUUAGCAGAAUAUUUAAGUGAGCAUAGAUGUCGAUUUAGUAGAUUACGAUAUACCAUUUAAACGUCAGAGUCACGUAUACGUUUCCAUAGAUUAAAAAGCUAGCUAAAAUGGCGUCACUGAUCACUGUUCUUACUAAAUCUAUAUCUAUGAAUUUAUAGAAUUUUUAUACAUGUAGCGUUUAAAAGAUAACUAUUACAAUAACACCAAGUCGUUGGACAUUAGUGACUAAUAGUUUAUGUAUAUAAUAUUAUAGUGUGCGAGUCCUAAUAAUUUUGUACAGGUUAUGAAUUUUUAUUUGGAUAUCGGCUUUGUAAAUAGAUGCUGUGAUGACAAAAUUACAGCGAGGUUCAGAAACGUACGUACGCGUACGUAUACGCGUAUACAUGAAAGUACGUAUACGUAUAUACGUUCAUGCGUAUGUACUAUUGUGACUACAAAUUAGUUCUAAACCUUGCUAUUACAUUUAAGGUAAAAUAAAUCAAGAAUUAUAAUAAUUUUAUCAAUUAUAUUAUUUUAUUAAUUGACUAGCAUUUAUAUAGGUUUCCUAAAGAGCAUAUUAUAGAUUUUUUCACGAUUUUUAUAUGUGAAUCUCAUUCAUAUUUAGUUUACGAAUUAUAUCAAUUUUACGCUUUUUGCUUUGAACGUACAUUAUUUGUUAUUGCAAAAGGAUUUUGUCCUUGUCAUCUUCGUUUUAUUCCUAGCUAGCAAUUUCUUAAUUCUUUAAAUUCUGUAUUAAUUUACGGAUACCACAGAAAAGUAAUUUUUAAUUCGCCAAAUUUAACUCAUCUAUAGUUAAUUGUAAUAAGUACAUUAAUAAUGAUAAAUUAUGCACGUUCGAUUUAAAAUUAUACGUAUUAGGGCAGCGAGAUUCGAAAUUAUUUUUUCUAAAUUUAAAACGAACGAGCACAAGCGCACACGAAGCGACAAACUAAUUAAGCGCAUACCGAUAUCAAAUUGUAAAUAAAAUUGGUAGUUCGAUGUAAGUGAAUUAGUUUAAGAUAGAUGUUUUAGUACGGUCGUUAGUUUCGAAGCAUUUUAUAGGCCGUAGAGGUAUAUUUAGUCAAGUAUAUAUUUUAAAAAUAUAAUAUUUUAGUGAAUAAGAAAAGACGCUAUACACUGA